UCUUCUUCUUCUGCUGUCCCCCUGUCCUCCUCUGUUUCUGUUCCUGUUCACAUUAAAACCGUGUUUUGUGAAGAUGUCGGAGGAUCUGCGGUCCGAACUGGAGAAAUAUCUUCAGACGCUGAACAUCCAGACGACCUGCGUGGAGCACCCGCCGGUGUUCACGGUGGAGGAGAUGAUGCCUCACCUGCAGCAGGUGAGCGGCGCCGUCUCCAAGAACCUCUUCCUGAAGGACAAGAAGAAGAAAGGCCUGUGGCUGGUGUCUGCUCGCCACGACCGCCAGGUGAACCUCAACGAACUCGCCAAGAAACUCGGCGUCGGCAGCGGGAACCUGCGCUUCGCUGACGAGGCGGCCAUGUUGGAAAAACUCAAGGUGGGCCAGGGCUGUGCGACGGCCCUCGCUCUGCUCUUCGAUAAGGACCGCAGCGUGAAGUUCGUGCUGGACCGCGACCUGCUGGAAGGAGGCCACCAGAUGGUUUACUUCCACCCCAUGACCAACGCCGCCACCAUGGGCCUCCGACCCGACGACCUGCUGCGCUUCCUGCAGGAGACGGGACACGAACCGAUUCUGGAGAGCUUCGAGUAGGACGGAGGAGACCUGGACCUGGACCUGGACCUGGACCUUAAAAACGAGACACGAGCCGUCAAACUGGGACAUAAACAUGUCUCGUAUCGGAGGAGGACGUGAAGAUGUAAAAAUCUGGGUUUUAAAUAUGAAAUUCAAACAUUUUGCACGUUAUAAUGAGACACUAACGAGUUUGUUUUUAUGAAAACUACUCUGAGCUUUUAUUGGACGCUUCCUCAGUCGGGGAGACAAACUGUAUGUUUUAUUGUUUUAAUGUUCUGUCUGUCUUCUGGAUUGUUUUCUAUAAAUUUCAUUCAACAUUCUGACAUGUUUGGUGUUUUUCAGCCUUUAUUUAGUUUUUUCUUUGGUUUUUGAACAGCGAGCUCCCCUUUGUCGUCACUGACUGGUGUCCAAUAAACUGCUUCUAUUUCAGACAACA